CUGGACAGUUUCGUCAACUUGAAUGAUCACGUGAGAGACGUGGAUGCGGUAGUAUCGACUGUUCGGACCUUGUUGUCAUGGCUACGGGAGCAGCGCCAGUCACCGCCCCCACGGUGUAUAGCGGACAUAUAAUCGGAGAUAUCGGACAAUGGGUCGAUAGAACGCCGAUUCACGAUGCAUCAAGACAGGGCCACACAGUGCAACUGAAACAGCUGAUUGAGAGUGGGGCUUGUGUGAACCAGGUUACUGUUGACUCCAUAACACCUCUGCACGAAGCUUCUCUUCAUGGUCACUUUCAGUGCGUGAAGAUGCUGCUAGAUGCUGGCGCACAGGUGGAUGCAAGGAACAUAGACGGAAGUACCCCACUGUGUGACGCCUCCUCUGGUGGCAGUUUGGAGUGUGUGAAGCUCCUUUUGGAUCGUGGUGCUAAGGUCAAUCCCCCACUAUUUACAGCUUCCCCUCUCCAUGAAGCGUGCAUGAGUGGUAAAUCGGAAUGUGUGAAGCUCUUAAUUGAAGUUGGUGCUAAUCUGGAGGCUCAUGACUGUCAUUUUGGAACCCCCCUGCAUGUGGCCUGUGCCAGGGAACACCUAGACUGUGCCAAGGUCUUGCUUGAUGCAGGAGCAAAUGUUAACGCAGCAAAACUGCACGAAACUGCACUGCACCAUGCAGCAAAAGUGAAGAAUAAAGAUCUCAUCAAGAUGCUUGUUGAAUUUGGGGGAAAUGUGUACGCAAGAGACAAUAGGGGGAAAAAGCCGUCAGAUUACAGCUGGCCAAACAGUCCCACUGCCAAGUGCUUUGAAUAUUAUGAAAAGACACCCAGGACAUUGUCACAGGUUUGUCGACUAAACCUCAGAAAAGUUCUUGGUCCAAAAGCAGGAGAGAAAGUGUACAAAUUAAAUAUCCCUCGAAGGCUGAUUGCGUAUCUCCUCUACAACUGAAUGUAUUACAUCAAUGGACACUGGGUUGUCCCAAAGUUCAAGAGUACAACAAGUAAAAGUGAAUUCCAUGUAAUACCGUUCAGUGCUGGAAUUCUCCAAGCUCUAUAGAUGAUGGUAUAAACUUAUGCAUGGUAUUGCUGCUUCCUACUGCUGUGACUUGUAUCUUGUUCUUUUAUUUUUGUGAAUGCUGGAAUUAGGGAGUUGUGGGGUAUUUUACAGCGGGUGGUUCUUCUGAUCUACAAUGAAGAAAAUAUGGAAAUACUAUCAAGACCUCAAACAUCUGACUUUCAAACCUAAAUGAUCUUAACAUUUUUUAUUUUUGUUUUGCACAAAAACUAUUACAUAAGAUCACUCACUCAAAAGGUUUUGCAUGUUCUAUAGAACCUGAAUAGAGGACCUGAAAACGCUAAUCUACAAAUCUGAAUGGUUGUUGUCAGUAAUUGUGCUAUAAUUGCACUGUAUUUAAAUAUUAUAACAGUGUUAAAUAUGUAAAUCUAUAUCUAUUAUUGAUUGUAUAUUUCCCUAUGGGUAUUGGUCAUCUAGUGUUGUAUAAUAAACACAUUUGUCGGUUUACAUUAAA